UGGAAUCUUAUCCCCAUAUAUCUCCUCCAAUCUAAUUGGCCAGAAUCCUCCCAACUCAGAGCAUAGCCAACUGGGAAGCCCAUACUUCCCUUCCACUCUCAACUCUGUUCAUCCCUGAUCCCAUCUUACAAAUAAACGUUCUUUCAACUGAAAAUCACACUUGUACUCAACAACUUUCCCAUUGGAAAUUCUCAGGCAAAAGCAUGGCUGCCACAGCUGCUGCAGCUGUAACCUCUUCUUUUACUGCAUCCAUGCAAAGUCUUAACUGUAUUCGCUUUAAAAACUGGCCUUGUGAUCCUGCCCUUAAAGUUGUAUCAUCAAGAAUGCUCCAAGUAGCAUCCAUAUCUCAUUCUCUUGGGAUUGAAUCAUCAAUCUUGAUCGGACCCUUGUCUAACAAAUGGAGGGCCUCACGGAUCGCAGCUGCAGUAGCUCAAGAAGAGGCAGCUGUCUUGGCUCCUGAAGAGGCAACGGCCCCUGAGCAGGUGGAGGAAGUGAUUCAGGAGGAGAAGGAAGUAGAGGAAGUGUCAAGUGAGGCGGAGGUUGCUCAGAGUUCUUCUGUAAAUACCAAGCUUUAUUUCGGAAAUUUGCCUUACAAUGUUGAUAGUGCACAGCUUGCUGGGGUCAUACAGGACUAUGCUAGUCCAGAGCUGAUUGAGGUUCUAUACGACAGGGAAACAGGAAGAAGUAGAGGAUUUGCAUUUGUGACAAUGAGCACAGUCGAAGAUUGCAACGUAGUAAUCCAAAAUCUUGAUGGAAGGGAGUAUGGUGGUCGAAACUUCAGGGUAAAUUUCUCAGACAAGCCUAGACCGAAGGACCCAUUAUAUCCAGAAACGGAACAUAAACUAUUUGUUGGCAACCUGGCCUGGUCAGUUACAUCUGAAAGCUUGACGGAGGCAUUUCAAGAAUAUGGGAAUGUUGUUGGGGCAAGGGUACUAUAUGAUGGGGACACUGGAAGGUCGAGAGGCUAUGGUUUUGUAUGCUAUGAAACAAGAGCUGAAAUGGAUGCAGCCCUGAAUUCUCUCAAUGGAGUGGAAUUGGAAGGAAGGCCGAUGCGCGUGAGCUUAGCACAAGGAAAGAAACAUUAAGAUGAACAGGAUUUUGUAAAGGUUGAAGAGAUGAAAUUCGUUGACAUAGAAAGAUGCAAGAAAGCAAGUUUUAGAGUUGUUUUUAAUGAAUUUGGUAACGAUCAUUGUGUUGCUCAUGAGAAGUUUUCUGUUGCUUGUUAAGCUCAGCAGCUGAAGGGACUUUUUUGGGAACAUUAGUACCUUUCUUAGCAGUUUCGGCCAUUAAUUACAUUAGAUAAUUAGUUAAUGUUAUAACCUAAAAUUCCUAUCAGAAUCAAAUAUAAUGUAAGCAUGAUGGAACUUCUUGCAUUACUGAGAUUAAAGAGAAUACUCUGUUCUUGGCAUUAGACA